GCAGUGCGGACAGCUGCAUCGCAACCUCUUCCUCCUCCUCCACUCCCCAGCCCACGCCUACCCGCGAACAUCACAGGCGCACGCAGAUCGCACGCGCCCUCCGAAAACACAGCGCCUGAGCCGUACCGGAGCGGCCUCCUCUGAAACAUCGCGUGCGCGACUGCCGACGUGCUCGAAGGAACGCAUAUCAGAACACACGACAGCACGCGCGCGCAGUGAGCAGCAACAUGGAGGCGAUCGUCCCGCCCGAGGUCACCGCCGAGCUCACCCAGAUCCUCUCCAAUCUCGUCCUCGGCGACAACCAGAUUCGCUCAAAUGCAGAAAAGAUCGUCGACGACCGACUCUCCCAGACCCCGGAGCUGUACAUACUGGCGCUUGCCCAGUUCUCCACGCAGGCGGACACGGAAGUGAUGCGCUCCUUCUCGCUUGUCCUCCUCCGCCGCCUGCUCUUCCGUGCGACCUCGCAGUCGCGCCUCCCCCUCUACGAUCACCUCUCCUCGCAGUCCGUCGCCACCCUUGAGCGCAUCCUCCUCUACUCCCUGCUUCACGAGCCCGCCUCCGUUGUCCGCCACAAGGCCGUCGACACCGUCGCCGACCUCGCCAACCAGGCGAUGGCCCGUGGCCGCCCGUGGCACGCCCUCCAGACGCAGGCCUUCCGCAUGGUGGAGGCCGGCGACGUCGUCACGCGCGAGGCGGCGUUCCGGGUAUUCGCGGGGAGCGUAAACUUGAUCAUCGACCUCCAGACGGAGGCAAUCGUGGGCAUGCUGCAGAAAGGUCUGCAGGACCCGGAGAGUAUCGAGGUCCGCCUCGCCGCCCUGCGCGCAUCCGUCGCGUUCCUCGCCGCGUCCGACAAGGCGCAGCAGGCGCAGGCGCUCGCGCUGCUCUACCCGAUGCUCAGCACGCUGCCCGCGCUCCCGCACAAGCACCUGCCCGCGUUCCUCACGACGCUCACGCCGCUGGCGUCGAGCGACCCCGCGCUCUUCGAACAGCACCUCCGCGACCUCCUCGCGUUCCUCCCGCCGCUCAUCGUGCCCGCCGUCGACGCGGGCCCGACGCCGACCGUCGCGCGGCCGAACCCAGGCGCGGGUGGCAGCUUCGUGUUCCCGCCGCCCGUGCAGAAUGGCCAGAACGGAUCUGGCGCUGGGGCGAGUGGGAAGGGUAAGGCCCCGGAGGAACGGGACGUCGACGAGGAAGCGGAGGAGGUGCGGAAGGCGGCGCUGGAGUUCAUGAUUAGCUUGAGCGAGGCGAGGCCGGGGAUGGUCAGGCGCGUGGACGGGUGGACGGCGGUCGUCGUGAGGGGGUGCCUGGAGGGCAUGGGCGAGAUCCCGGAGGACGAGACGGAGGUGUGGCUGGAAGCGGACCCCGGCGAGGAUCCGACGGACGAUACGUACCCGCACGUGUACGAGCAGUCGGUCGACCGCCUCGCGUGUGCGCUGGGCGGGAAGGCGGUGCUCCCGUCUGCGUUCCAGUACAUACCGGCGAUGCUGGCGAGCCAUGACUGGAGGCUGAGGCAUGCGGGCUUGAUGGCCAUCGCGGCGAUUGCGGAGGGCACGAGCAAGGUCAUGCAGGAGGAGCUUGGCAAGGUCGUCGAGCUCAUCUUACCGGGGUUCACGGACCUGCACCCGAGAGUUAGGUAUGCGGCCUGUCAAUGCAUUGGUCAAUUGUGCACUGAUCUCGAGGAAGUCAUCCAGGAGCAAUAUCACCAACAGAUCUUCAAUGCUCUGAUACCCACACUCGAGGCGCCCGAGGCUCGUGUCCAUGCGCAUGCGGCAGCCGCCCUGAUCAACUUCUGCGAGGGUGUCGAGCGCGACACGCUCAUCCCCUACCUCGACCCGAUCGUCGAACGGCUCCUCAAGCUCCUCAACCCUGCAUCAGGCAGCCCGAAGCGGUAUGUACAGGAGCAGGUCAUCACGACGCUCGCCAUGGUCGCGGACGCGAGUGAGGCAACAUUUGCGAAGCACUACUCUUCGAUUAUGCCGCUGCUGUUGAAUAUCCUCCAGAACGCGAACGGUCCGGAUUACAGAAAACUGAGAGCCAAGGCGAUGGAAUGCGCGGGUCUCAUCGCUAUCGCCGUGGGACGAGAUGUCUUCAGGCCGGACGCGAACACGUUUGUCGAGUUGCUCAUGCGAAUCCAAAAUAGCCCUCCGGACCUGCAGGACACGAUGCUCACGCACUACCUCAUCGCGACAUGGGCAAAGGUCUGCCAGGCCAUGGGCGAAGAGUUCGAGCCCUAUCUUCCCGUCGUCAUGUCGCCUCUCCUUGCUGCCGCGGGUACGAAGACGGAGGUCUCCGUGUAUGAGGAUGCUGGCGAUGAACCCGAGGACAGGGAGGGAUGGGAGGUGAUGAACAUGGAUGGCCAGCACAUCGGCAUCCGCACUAGUGCGCUGGAGGAGAAAUGUCAGGCGUUCGAGACGCUCUUGAUAUAUUCCUCCACUCUGGGGCCGCGGUUCGUGAGCUACCUAACGCCGACGCUUGAACUCGUCCUUCCGAACCUGAGGUUCUUCUUCCAUGAAGGCGUCAGGGAGGCAUGUGCGCUGCUCGUUCCGGUACUCUUUUCAUGCGGAAAGAACAGCGGCGCGCUGACGAGCCAGAUCGUCUCCGCAACGUUGUCUCAACUGAUCACCUGCAUCGCGAACGAGCCCGACGCGUCAUUCCUCGCCUCCCUCUACCGCGCCUUCUCCGAUUCCAUGCGCUUGCUCGGCGGACCGUCCGCGCUCCCGUCUGAGCUAAGUGACGGUGUAAUGGAGGCGACGAAGCGGCAGCUGCAGAGCCUCGCCGAUAAGCGCAAGGCGCGCGCCGCGCGGCCGGCGAACCAGAUUGAGGAGGAGCGUGAGGACCUGACGCUGAUCGAGGAGAUGGAGGAGUUCGCGCUCGAGGACAUGCAUAAGCUGCUCGUGGCGUUCGACCCGAACCAUCCGUUGCUUGUGGCGAUCUCGAGCGUGCGGGACCUCGGCCUACAUCUUGCGCAGGGCGACGGCGAAGACGAGGAGUGGACGGAGGGAUGAAGCUAGCCGAGACGUGUAGGGGUGUAUUGCUAUCUUGUUGCUGUCGUUUAUAUGUUGCUGAAUCUGUGUCACGCCAUAGAAAUUAUAAUGUAUGAUGUGUACCGUUGGAGGUCAAAUCGGAAUAACGACUACUUUGCACGUUUUGGUGCGCUGCCUUC